UUUCUGUUUAGCGAUCACUAUCUCAGGUUUGGCUGGGCUCUUGACAUCUCUCUCCUUGGUUUCUAUCAUUCGUUUGUCUGCCUUUGUCCUAACUCUGGGAUAUUCUAUCUUUAUUCCCACGUUUUUUAUGAGCAGAGGCUGGCCGAAGCUCGAGAAAAUCAACGCUUCUUAAUCUCGCAACAAUGCCAGGAACAGUUGCAGAGGGGCCAUCGGUCUCUUUGUCCUUUGCCAACAACUUUUGGGGUAAAGAAGAUGCCGGGGUUGGACCCAUGUUGGAUCGCAUGCACAAUGCCAAAACGACUUGUGAUGAGCUAAAAUCAUUCUACAGCAUUCGUGCUGCGAUCGAAGACGAAUAUGCGCGAAAGCUUCUAGCGCUUUGCCGUAAGCCCCUGGGAUCAGGCGAAACGGGCACACUUCGUGCUUCAUUCGACAUGGUCCGUGGCGAAACAGAGGCAAUUGCCAAAUCUCACGGUGAAAUUGCUGGACAGAUGAAGAGAGAACUGGAGGAGCCGUUAGCCGCCUUUGCCGGAGGAUCCAAAGAAAGACGAAAGAUUGUCCAGAACGGCAUUGAGCGUCUUUUGAAAACUAAAAUUCAGCAGACGCAGACUGUGAAUAAGAGCCGAGACCGAUAUGAACAGGAUUGUCUGAGAAUCAAGGGAUACCUUGCCCAGGGCCACAUGGUUAUGGGCCACGAAGAGCGGAAGAACAAGGCCAAACUUGAAAAGACACAGGUUCAACUAGCAUCUAACGGCACUGAAUACGAGGCCGCCAUCAAAAUCCUAGAUGAUACUACCACACGCUGGAAUAAGGAAUGGAAGGCAGCCUGCGAUAAAUUCCAAGACCUGGAGGAAGAACGCCUCGAUUUCACUAAAAGCAGUCUUUGGACGUACGCAAACAUUGCAUCCACAGUCUGCGUCAGCGACGAUGCUUCCUGUGAAAAAAUCCGACUUUCUUUGGAGAACUGUGAAGUCGAGAAGGAUAUCGUGUAUUUUAUCAAGGAAAGGGGAACAGGCCAGGAAAUUCCCGACGCGCCCAAAUUCAUCAACUUCUGCCGAGGAGACAUCAACGACACGAGCUCUGAAAUAUCUGAAGAAGACAAUUACUCCGUUGCGCAGUUCCAGCGAACCAUCAACCCAGCAUUCCGCAGCUCGUCUCCGCAACCUUCUACUUACGAGUCGCAUCAUGAACCCCAGCCCGAGCCUGUGAGCAAACCAGAGCCAGUUGAGCCACCCGCGCCGUCGAGCAGGGAAACCACUGUCACGCCGCAAAAGCCAGCGCAGCAGCCACCAACACAGCAACCGGCUCCUCUCGAUCUUCGACGAGGUGGUCAGUUGCCGCCCAACUAUGAUCCUAAUCAGCACGGGGAGAUCACGCGAGUGCCUCACAAUGCUUAUCCCACCGAUGGUAUGACUAUGUUCUGCCGCACCGGUCCUCCCUCAGAACGCAGUUCAGGAACCAGUGGGUACCGACCAUCAAGCCGUGACUCCCAGAGCGAAGUUUCCAACCCAACGUCCGCCUCGAGCCAAGAACCAACUAGUGCCAAGCAGUCCCCAACGAAGCCUACGAAUGGCGUGGCACUGCCGGGUAUUGGAGGAGGGAUGUCGACGGAUACGCAGGUUCAAAAGAAGAAGAGCGCGUUCUUCAGCAACAGCCCGUUCCGUCGGAAGAGUCGCCAUGAUAAGGAGCGUAACUCCGGCUCAUCGCCUGCUUCUCGUGGCACCUGGGACUCACGAUCGAAGCAAAUAAGCUCAGCUCAAGCACCACCUCCCCAACAGCCUGUUAUCACUGCGCCUGCUGCACCUCCCGGGCCUGUUGCCCCGGCUGGUAAAAUCGAUCGAUCUGCAAGCCCCGAGCCCGUUGAUCCUAGGGCCAACUUCCAACUCAAUGUUGGCAACAAUGUGUUUGAUGUUGCUUCGCCAGAUAAGGAUAAAAAGAGACCGCAAACAGGAAAGGGUGCAGAAGAAGAGCUUGAUCCAAUCGCACGUGCACUUGCAGACUUGAAGGUCGCAAAGCCAUCAGCCACUCGAGUAUCUGCCGAUAGAUACCAUGGACUUGCUACGCCAGCACCGUCAGCCCCUGGAGCCAACUACACCGCCAAUGCUGUUGCAACGCCCCCUCCAGCCUACGACACGCCGCCCAUGAAGCGUCUUGAUGCUCCUCAGCCUGCUUUCACGUCUUCGCAGAUGCAGAAAACGACACAGAAAUAUAUUGGCCAGAGGGACAAUAUGUUCAAGAGUCCUGGCAACUCCCCCGCAUUGGUAACUCGGGGCAGUGGUCAAUCGCAAGACAUUCCCCGAGCUAGAUCGCCUGGCCCUAGACGAAGUGCCAGUCCCCAAGUGGCUCCUCGUGUGGACACACGGAUGAGCCAGUACAGCCGAGGCACUAGUCCCAGCCCAAGCACAUACCAGUCCAAUGGGAACAGUAUGAGAGGUCGGUACGCCCACUCCCCUACCGUAGGAACACCUCCACAGCGACCUUCUGAUGCGGCAUAUUCUCCUCGUGGACCGCCAAGUACCCGCGGUGUCUCACCCCAGCCAACGUUCCGACAGGGACCACCCAGUACACGCGGCGUGUCGCCUCAGCCAACAUUCCGCCAGGGGCCACCCAGUACACGAGGUGUAUCGCCUCAGCCGACGUUCCGCCAGGGACCACCCAGUACGCGUGGUGUCUCGCCUCAGCCCCAGUACCGACAAGAUGAAUAUACUAAGCGGGGACCUCCCAGCACACGAGGUGUAUCACCCCAGCCGCAGUUCAGACAGCAGACACGUCCUUCAAGCGCUGGUGGCAUGGAGCUGCAGCUAUCGGGAAGUCACGGUGGUUCAUAUGGCGGCUCAUAUGAUGGAUAUGGCUCCAGAGGAAGAGACUCUGGUCGACCUAUGUCUUACUAUGGGGAUGCGGGCAGUCAGGGAGGCAGAUCCAGAAGCAGGACUAUGGCUGUCGCCGAUCCUGGACAGCAAUUCAGCCGUGAUGGACGUCCGGUCUUGCAUUUUGCUCGAGCAAUGUACAGCUAUACCGCAGCCAUCCCUGAAGAGCUGGGCUUCGCCAAGGGAGAUGUUCUCUCUGUGAUCAGACUUCAGGAUGAUGGCUGGUGGGAAGCCGAAAUCACCACCGCUCCAAGACGUCCCGGUUUGGUGCCGAGCAACUACUUGCAGAUCAUCUAGAUACCCUUCUCACGAACCGCCACGAUCUCAGGACAUAUUUUGCUUAUGUGUUUCCUUUUCAUGUAGAUACCAGAUUGAUGCCCUUCCCCCGAUACGUUUUUAUUGCCCUUAUGCCUAUCACUCGCUCUUGUUUAAUUCUACAGUCUUUGGAACAUUUCAUGGCCGUCAGUCGUUUCUGAUUUCAACCCUCAUUAAUUAUUGACCUCCCCCAUCCACAGCUCUGUUUUGAACCCCAGCAAACGUUCUUUUGCUUUUUGUUGAAUUUUUGCUUUUUGAUUAUUUAUGUUUUGCCAUGGAAAUCUAGUCAGUGAUGCAUGUUCCUCAAUUAUGAUGCUUUAUGUGUGUUUUUUAUGUUAUUCAUGUCUGUGCUGUCUUUCCCAUGGUAAUCGAAAGUAAUAACAAUAUAAUUUUUACCAUAU